AUGAGAAACCAUACGACACUAACCACAUUCAUCCUUCUGGGACUGACAGAAGAUCCACAACUGCAGAUUCUGAUUUUUAUAUUUCUGCUGUUCACCUACAUGUUGAGUGUAACUGGAAAUCUCACCAUCAUCUUCCUCACAUUAGUGGAUGCUCACCUUAAAACUGCCAUGUACUUUUUUCUCCAAAAUUUCUCCUUCUUAGAAAUCUCAUUCACCUCUGCCUGCAUUCCUAGAUUCCUAUACAGUAUAUCAACAGGUGACAGGGUCAUUACUUAUAAUGCUUGCAUAAGCCAAAUGUUUUUCACAUACCUGUUUGGAAUAACAGAAUUUUUCCUCCUGGCUACCAUGUCCUAUGAUCGUUAUGUGGCCAUCUGCAAACCCCUGCAUUACAUGACCAUCAUGAACCACAGGGCCUGCAUAAAGCUUAUCUUAGGCUGCUGGUUAACUACUGUGUUGAUUCUAUUCCCACCCCUUAGCCUGGCAUUGGGUCUGGAAUUCUGUGAUUCUAAUAUCAUUGAGCACUUUUUCUGUGAUAUGAAUCCUAUCCUGAAGAUCUCAUGCACAGAUACAUGGAUCAUAGAACAAAUGGUUCUUGGGUGCUCUGUAAUGAUCUUUAUCAUGACUCUUGUGUGUGUGGUUUUGUCCUACAUAUAUAUCAUCAGAACAAUUCUAAGAUUGCCCUCUGCCCAACAAAAGAAAAAGGCCUUUUCCACCUGUUCUUCCCACAUCAUAGUGGUUUCCAUCUCCUAUGGCAGCUGCAUCUUUGUCUAUAUUAAACCUUCAGCAAAAGAUGAAAUGGCUAUCAAUAAGGGGGUGACAAUACUAAUCACUUCUAUUUCCCCCAUGUUAAACCCAUUUAUUUACACUCUGAGGAACAAACAAGUCAAAGAAGCUUUUAAUGAGUUAGUCAAAUGGGGUCUAUUCCUAUCAAACCAUUAG